GUCCGGUCUUUCUUUCAACACAUCACACUUCUGUAGUUGGCGUUUCGGCAGUGCGCGCUAUGAUGUUUAUUGGACUGCGUGUACCAGCGUCUGAGGCCGGGUAUUCGAUGUAGUCAAGCGGACAACUGAAAGGUGUGCGGUCGGGGGUCCGUCUGGAGAGGGGUUUUGAACAGGGGAGAUAGCGGCAGAUCUGGAGCGUCGUCUUGAACAGGAAAGAUAGCGGCAGAUGCUGAAGUUGCGCCUUUUCUCUGCCUAUUAUCCGUCAAUGGGACAAGCCAUUCGGCGGAGGGAAAUGUAAAGAGAAGCUUAAAGUAUGGCAUGCAAAGAUGGUUUCUGCCAAGAAGGAGAUGUGGACUGCGAUGCACCCCAGUUACAUUUGGACUGUCUUCUACUUGUUGUGCUGGAGUGCGUGCAUAAGGAGGAUCACUGGACAGGUAAAAAAGGAUGAAAGAAUUUAUCCAGAGAAUUUCACCCGCAUUUUGGACAGACUUCUGGACGGCUAUGACAACCGGCUGCGACCGGGGUUUGGGGGUCCAGUGACAGAAGUAAAAACAGACAUUUAUGUGACCAGUUUUGGACCUGUCUCUGAUGUGGAAAUGGAGUACACCAUGGACGUGUUCUUCCGUCAGACUUGGGUGGACAGGAGGCUGAGGUACGAGGGGCCCAUUGAGAUCCUGAGGCUCAACAACCUGAUGGUGACCAAGGUCUGGACCCCAGACACCUUCUUCAGGAACGGCAAGAAGUCUGUGGCUCACAAUAUCACUGCCCCCAAUAAGCUGUUCCGUAUCAUGAAGAACGGCACCAUCCUCUACACCAUGAGGUUGACCAUCAUUGCACAAUGUCCCAUGAAGCUGGUGGACUUCCCCAUGGAUGGCCAUGCCUGCCCUCUAAAGUUUGGAAGCUAUGCAUACCCCAAAACAGAAAUUAUCUACACUUGGACCAAAGGACCAGAACAUUCCGUUGAGGUUCCCCCAGAGUCUUCCAGCCUGGUGCAGUACGAUCUGAUUGGCCAAACUGUGUCCAGUGAAACGGUCAAAUCCAUCACAGGUGAAUAUGUGGUGAUGACGGUGCACUUCCACCUGAAACGGAAAAUGGGCUACUUCAUGAUCCAGACGUACAUCCCCUGCAUAAUGACAGUCAUUCUCUCUCAAGUGUCAUUCUGGAUAAAUAAAGAGUCAGUACCUGCCCGGACAGUGUUCGGCAUCACCACAGUGCUGACCAUGACCACCCUGAGCAUCAGCGCCCGACACUCCCUACCCAAGGUUUCGUAUGCCACGGCCAUGGACUGGUUCAUCGCUGUCUGUUUUGCAUUUGUGUUCUCUGCCCUCAUCGAGUUUGCUGCUGUAAACUACUUCACCAACGCCCAGCUGGAGAGAGCAAAGAGGAGGCCAGGGAGGUGCCCCCCCGCGCCCCAGACCACACCUGUGAAGGCCAGGGACACAGAGGAGGUGCUGCAGAGAAACCUUGACACGAAUGGACACCUGCGCAAGAGGAUGACUUCCACCUCUCAGGACCCCCACGCAGGAGUAACUAAGCAACCACAUGCCUCCAGCCAAUCCUGUUCAACCACAGUGAUGACUGGCAGCUCCUCCAGCCUAUCGUGUUCCAGCCCCAAGUCCACAAGCCAAUCUAAUGCAGCUUCGUCCACCUUGACGGUGAAGAAUCUGCCCCCAGCUCCACCAUCCACGCCAGCCGUGCCCGGAGACACGCCGUCCAGGGAGAGCACUGGCUCCUCCUCCCUCCAGAACCUCCUGGGCCCCAAGCUGGAGCACAUCCACACGAUGGGAAACAAGAUGGAGCCCAAGCAGUCUCCAUGCUCCCAGCCCACCACUGCAGGAAUGGGCGGGACCAGUAAAAUCGACAAGUAUGCCCGCAUUCUCUUCCCAGUGUCGUUCGGGGCUUUCAACAUGGUCUACUGGGUGGUGUACCUGUCCAAAGAGACCAUGGAGACCAAAGUAGGAUAG